AUGGGCAACGUGCAGCCCACAAUCGUCCCAUUUGAGGACUUUGAUGUUACGGCUGACAUAAAGGCCAUUCGACAAGCUUGUAAAGGUUUAGGCACAGAUGAAGAAGCCAUUAUUCAAAUACUUGCCAAUCGCUCAUCAGCCCAGCGUCUGGAAAUAAAAAAUGCUUACUUUGAAAAGUAUGAUGAUGAGUUGGAAGAGGUCCUGAAAAAAGAGUUGACUGGUAGCUUUGAGAACGCCAUAAUUGCCAUGUUGGACCCGCCAAAUGUCUACUUUGCCAAGGAGCUGCGAAAGGCCAUGAAGGGGGCGGGGACCAAUGAAGCCGUUCUUGUGGAAAUCCUGUGCACAGCUACUAAUGAGGACAUCAUCAGCUACAAAGAGGCCUAUGUACAGGUGCAUGAAUGUGAACUGGAGGCUGACAUAGAGGAUGACACCAGUGGAGAUGUGAGGAAUCUUCUCAUCUCACUCCUGCAGGCGAGCAGAGAUGAGGGUUUCGAGGUGGAUGAGGGUUUAGCUGAACAGGAUGCUGCGUCAUUAUUUGAGGCAGGUGAAGGCAUGUUUGGCACAGAUGAGUCGACCUUCAGCUACAUCCUCACACACCGGAACUACAUGCAGCUCCAGGCCACUUUUAAAGCCUAUGAGACACUAUCAGGAAAAGACAUCUUGGACACUAUUGACUCUGAGGCCGCAGGAACUUUAAAGGACUGUUAUGUGACUCUAGUCCGUUGUGCCAAGAAUCCUCAGCUGUACUUUGCACGGCGCCUUAACGCUGCUAUGAAGGGGCUCGGCACCGAUGAGGACACACUCAUCCGCAUGAUUGUGGGUCGCUCUGAGAUUGACCUGGAGACGGUGAAGGAUAUGUACCUGGAAAAGUAUGAUGUCCCCUUGAAAGAAGCCCUCGAUUCAGAGUGUGGUGGAGAUUUUAAACGUCUUCUCCUGGAAAUCAUACACUAA